GUUUAGAGGAGUACAGGAGGUUGAAUAACAGGAAGAGCAGCAGGAGCCACUAUGGCGGAGACGCACAGCUUGCAGGACCUCCGGCAAGCAGCCGUCGCCUCCAAGGUAUUCGUUCAGAGAGACUACACCUCUGGGACCAUCUGCAAGUUUCAGACCAAGUUCCCCUCAGAGCUGGAGAGCAGGAUUGACAAGCAGCAGUUUGAAGAGACUAUGCAGACCCUGAAUAAUCUAUUUGCAGAGGCAGAGAAGCUUGGAGGCCGGUCAUAUCUGGAAGGCUGUCUGGCCUGUCUAACUGCAUACUCAAUCUUCCUCUGUAUGGAAACCCACUAUGAAAAAGUGCUGAAAAAGAUCGGCAAGUACAUCCAGGAGCAGAAUGAGAAAAUGUAUGCUCCUCUUGGGCUUCUCCUCACGGAUCCCAUAGAAAGAGGGCUCAGAGUUGUGGAGAUCACUAUUUUUGAGGAUAGAAGUAUUGGCUCAAGAUAAAACACACCACAGGAUCAUGUGUGGAACAUGAUUAUUGGCCUGCUGGACUCAACCUGCAUCUCCAUAACAUACCAGACCUGAUUGUGCUAAACUGAAGAUAGUGUAUGUUGUUUAUUUUCAGCUUAUUCCUUAAUUUUUAUUUUUUAUAGAGGGAGAGAGUAAUAUUUAUAAGUACCUUACCCAAAUUCUCCAAAUCAGCUGUCCCUCAGUUAGCAGCUCUCCAGUGUCUUAACUGAAUUAUUUUAAUUUUGUGUUGUGCCUUUAUUUUAUAAGGCUGUGCUUAAGAUUAUUUCUCUAGAACUCAUAUAUAUAUAUAUAUAUAUAUAUAUAUAUAUAUAUAUACAUAUACACACACACACUUCUCAAUUGAGAAGUGUAGAUUUAAGUGCACAAUGUUCAUUCACAAUGCUGUUGCAUAAUGAUUGUUUGGAUGUUCUGUGAUUUCUGCGUUCUUGUACUUGUUAAAACUGUUAUUCUAACAAUAAUAAAGAUGCUUCAGUUUUGUGUACAUGGAAAUAAAAUGGAUUCUGUAUUUAAUGAUUUUUAGUAAAAAUCUGUUGAAUUUAUCAUUGUUCCAUUUCAUAGUGCCCCUCUACACAAUACUGUUUGCUUUCUAUUCCAUGCAUUUUAAACACUACAUUUUAUUAUAUUUACAAGUGGACUUCUGUACUUUUAUUGGGGUCUGCGAUAUAGUCCUUAUUACACAUAAAUGCCAUAAACACCUUGGUUGCAUUUAAUAUUGCAUACCCUUGUAUUUUCUAACUGCUGUCAGUUCAGCCUUUUUCUUGUGUAAAUCCUGUUAUCAGUGUUGUAUCAAUGUCUUUUUGAAAAAAAAAAUUGACACCUAUUUAAGCUAUGUAUAUUCCAAUAAAGGUUUUCAUGA